UUUCGUACACAGGGCACCACCUAGUUCUAGUUUGGUAGGUGGCGUGUGCCAGUAUAAAAGUACCACAGUGGGAGUUUUGUCCACAUACCGUCUGACAACAUGAAGGUCCUGCUUGUCACGCUGCUGCUCGUGCUGCUGUGUAGCACUCAAGUGCUAGCACUGAGAUGCUACACCUGUGAAGAUGAGAACGAUCACAUCUGUAAGAGCGAGACGAACUGCCCGGCAUCAGCUCAAUACUGCAAGACCUUUCAGAAACUGGAUGAACUUUCUCGAACUUGUGAGGAUUUCUGUGCAGAGGACUUUUAUACAACCUGCUGCCAAGAUGACCUUUGCUAGAUCCGAGGCAUCACUCAGCGUACACUUUCACUUUCUGAUUAAUCAAAAUCUUAUGAGGGAAUUAAUUGCUUAAAUCUGAACAUGAUGGAAGAUAAUUUGCUAGUAUAUAUGAUUUUAACGGGACAACCCUGUUUUUGAUUUGUCUUGACUUUCAAUGAAAUCUACAAAUGUUGAAUUGUUUAGCCUCUUUUCAUCAUCCAAUAGCCUUCUGUGCAAACUGCGCAACACACUGGUAGCCAGAUAGCCAGGAUUUUUUAAAGGGACUAGAGCUGGAAGCAGAGCAGGCACACAUACACACACACAGUUGAUCCCUUAGUCACUUAGUGGGUCACUGCAACAGCCUACUGCUAUGUGGGUCGCUAUCUGACUCUGCUGCAGUGUAAAGUUUGACUCCAACUGCUUCCUCUGUUUCCAAAUCCUUAAAUAAUAAAAUAAAUAUGUAAAUUGAUCUCA